AUGACAUGGGAUGCAAGCCCGUGGGGGAGGAAGAGCAGGAGUGUGGUGACGUCAGGGUGUGGGGCGGGGCGGGUGACGUCAGGGCAUGGGGUGGGGCGGGGCGUGCGCCCCAGGUGCCCCCAUCCCUGCUAUGCCUCCCAGGCCCUCCUGGCCCUUGGACUCCUGGUCCUCCUGUCUCCUGCCUCCUGCAGCCACAUGGAAAAGCCCCCUGACAAGGGCGGCUUUCCUCAAGGGAAAUGUCGAGACCCCUCUGGUGGGGUGCCCAAAAGAGCGCCUGCUGAAGCCUGUGGACCAUGUGCGGAAUCCCCAGAUGAUGCUGCUUCCGUGGUGCCCCCUUCCGCUUCUGCAGCCCCUCAAGCCCAGUCCCCUCGACCUCUGACCUCCACCGUUUCACCGGACCUGAUGACCCUCUCAGUUUCUGAUCUUCCCCCCUCACUGAGUGCCUCUCCCCCACCAGAGCCACCUCUUCCCCUUGACAGCCUUUCACCCCCACCACCUGCACUGCCCCCUUCCCCACCACACCGCCUUGAUUCAUUUGCCAGCCUUCGGUCACCAACAGCCUCUGCUUCACCACCACCAGAAGCCACUUUGACCCUUUCUCAGUGUGGCUCUAUGGCAAUGGCGGUCCCACCAGGCCCCGCCCAGGAGGGCCCAUCUCCAGACAGCUGCUGGUUAGCUUCUGUCCCAGCGAUCACAGGCCUUGACCCCACAAGCCAUCCCAUUCCCACCCUCUCUUGGUGGCAUGCGGCUGCCAAGGCCUUGUGCCUCUCCACCUCGAAACGCUUCCAAGUCCCGCAAGAGCAUACUUCCUGCCACCCACAAGAAGCUGCUGUCUGGGGAGGCCCCACAGACAGGCAGGUGGAAGCUGGGAGUCCUGCUUUCUUCAACCCUGAUGUCCAGAAGCUGCUGGAAAUACAAAUCACAAAGAGAGCAGAAUUGAAGCUUUGGAAAGAAAAAGAGAAGGAGGGAUCUGACCACCACCUGAAUUCUUUACAAAAUAUGUUGAAGACAUUUGGUGAUGAGCAGGACAUUAUGCAUCCCCAGCCCUUCUGGAACACCAACAUCACACCAGAGCAGCUACCCAGUCCUCUGACGCCCCCACGUCCUGAGGCCCUGGGGGACCAUUUACAGCAGAAAUACAGCCAGCUCUUCUGGGGUCUCCCCUUUUUGCACAGCGAGUCCCUGGUGGCUGCUGUCAGGCUCUCUUGUUCCACUCUAGAGCUUCCCUCUGUUUUAUUCAAUGGAAUCUCUAAUGCCUUACCAAGUCAAAUGCAAGCUAAAGAAUCCCCACUGUUUUUGCAACCACAGCCCUUGCCCCACCCUGAGGCCCAACUCCAGCCUUUGACUCCAACUAUGCCCCAACCCCAGGCCCCUCCUCUGGCUCCAGUCCUGAUCCAGGCCCAUCCCCAACCCUCUGUCCCAACUGCACUACUUUCUUCUACUUCUCGGACUAGGGCCUGUGAAGAAUCCUGCCAUACAAUCCAGAAUGAGGCCCAGUCAUCCAUCCCAAGUGUAAUUCAGUAUCUGGAAUGUCAUUUUUUGAAGAAGCAACUGGAAAGUGAGAGUUCUUUACCCUCUGUGGUCCAAAGAUCUCAGGCAGCUUUUGGUUCUCUCAGUCCCAUCCUUCCCCAGGACAGUCGGACCUCCGAGGCCCACAAGUCAGAUUCCAUCCUUCCUGGGGAUUUUAUCAGCCCUGAGCUCCGGAGGCAGCUGGAGCAACACCUCCAAGAAAGAUUCAUCCAACAGCAGUGGGGCCUGCCUGGUGGGAUCCAAGAGUCUCUGGAGCUGAUGCAGCCUCAGGGAAAAUUACCAGGGAUGUGUCAGGCGAAGAACCAGCAUGGACUGUCACGGCCCUCUGAAAGCAGGAAGAACAUAAAGAAGACUAGAUACCCAGGACGAUUCAGACACUUAGGAAGCUCCCAUGUCUGCCACAGGGCAAAUUCCCAGCCAGGGAAGGACCCGGUCAAGGAUCUGAGGCAUAGUCUGAGGAAGGUUCCAAAAUAUAAUACAUCCGAGAGAUCAGAAAACUCCCCAGUGAAGUUUCUAGGGGCAGACUCUGAGAAGGAGCCAAAAAGUGAGUCGAUGAGGCAAUUGGAGAUUGACUCUGGAAAUUACAAACUAAGGGAGCCAAACAAGAAACCACUAGAAAACACCCUGGUAGUCCAUUUGGGCAGGAAGUUGGAGCAGAUUAUCGAAGGUCAGAUCCCUGUAAGUGUGCGCUGUUCCCGACUUGCUGCCAGCCAUACUUUGCCCAAGUCCGACAUGCACAUAGAAACUGGAAACCUGGCAUCCUUGGAAGGUCAGGAACACUGCAUGAACACCACCCAGGAGCUUUUCUUUCUUGAUCCAGGUACUCUACAGAUGCUGGAAGCACAUAUGUCAAGGUUUCAGAUGAGGCACAGGUGGUGCCUACCCCUCAAAGUCCUUGAGACCAUCAAUCUCUUGAAGACAAGAAAGGCCCAAUCCUCGUCCCUUCGUCAGUCUGCCUUUCCCUGCUCAGCCACCCAUGAAUCUUGGACCAGCUCAAGAGCCAAAGCUGCCAAAUUCUGGGGAGAAAACCCCCAGGCAGGCCGGGGAGAGAAGACAACGGAGAAGAAGUCAGAAUCCACCCUGGAGAGCCCUCUCCCGGCCCCCUCACCUGUGGGUAAGGAAGUUCAGAGGACCUUGAGAUGGGACCCAGCUCGUAAGGACCAUGGGCCCUCAGAGGCCACUCAAAGUGGACAGGAGGGCAGGCAGCCUUUUCAGCCCCUCACACCCAGCAUCGUGGGCAGAGCCUGGGAGAGCAGGAGUGUCCUGGGGGCCCAGAGAAGCAUCCUAGAGCUGACUCCAAGUCAGUCAGUGGCCAGGAAGGGGCCAGGGGAGGAGAGUGCACGAUGUGCCCUAGGAGGCCCGAGCCCUAGUGUAGCAAGGUUGGAGAUGAGCUAUGAAUCCCAGUCUUCAGGGGCCGAGGAGACCAGGGAGGUGGUGGUGGUCAAGAGGUCCUCAGAACUACAACUCCAGGACAGAGACAUCUUGAGAACAAGUGUGCUGGCAAAAUCCCAAAACAUGAAUGUGGAUCUGAGGGGUUCGGGGACUCCAGGGACUAGCAAAAGCCCGCCGCCUCCUAGAAUGUCUGUUGGAGAUCCGGGAAGGACAUACCUUAAAGCACGGUUGCUUAGUGAGAUUAAGCUCCGAGUGGAGGUCGGGACAGAGAGCGAGCCUCAAGGCCGUCCCGUUGACGUGCUCCUUCAGGACUGUGCCACUGAAGUGAUUCUUCGAGGCUGUGCCACUGAUGUGCUCCUUGCCUCAGAUAUCUUGGCUUCUCAAGCCUCUCACUCCCGUCCCCAGAGUAUGUCCAGUGAGGACAUGCCAGUUUCCCAGGUGUUCAGUGACCUCAUGGCGCCUGGAGGGAGCAGCCUGAGGCAGCAGGAUCCCAAGAUCCCAAACCUUCAGGACCCAUGGAAGAGCCAGAGCAAGAUUUCUGCCCCCGCUGAUGAGAGAAGGAACUGCAGGAAGCCCAAACCAAAAGAGCAUGAAGAAGGGCUGGCACGACUGGGUGCCUCCCCAGCCCAGGGGAUGAACCAGCCUGCCCAGGACAAGAAGUUGGUGGAGUCCCUUGGGAUCAAGUCCCCUCAGCUCCCAGCAGAGAAAGGACAGGCUCCUGCAGAAGGCCACUUCAAAAAAAGGAUGAAACACUUUGUCCAGUGGAUUUUCCCCAAUAAAAAAGACAAAGGGCAAGAUGAGCCCCCACAAAAAGCAAAGCCUGUAUUAGCCUCUGGCCAGAGCCGUGGAGUAGUCAAAAGCAAAUCAGUCUGUAUGGACAGGGGGGCCGCCGAGGCUCAUGCGCUCAUGACAGCUGUUGGCGAGAUUCUAGAGGAGAAAAUGGCCCUUCAGCAAGGACUUCAUGCCUCGAAGUUAAGUUCACAGAAAGAAAUCCAGGGCCCAGUUGAUGGACCUUCCUUACCCCACAGGGCUCCUUUCUACUCAGAACACAGGAGAGUGAUGAGUGAUACCGCCUGCCACCACAAACACACCCUUGAGGGCCAGAGUCGUCCUACCAGGAAUAGGUGGAUCAGGGACAGAUGCAGAAAUCUCUGGAAAAAUAUGGGAUUCAAGAUCAGCAAUCGGGCGUUGCCCCCCAGUGAGCCCGUGCCCCCAGUCAGUUCCCAGAAGCACGUGCCAAGGAUGUGGGGUGCCUCAGGCUGUCCUCACCACUGCCCCCGGCACUGUCUUCGGGAAUAUGUCUUGUCUGGUCAACUAGAACAGGCUUCUGCCGCCGUGCUUAGUAGGAAAACGAUCCAAGAAAAUAGUCAGUGUAUGCCAGGUUAG